AUGAUUACUAGUAGCCAACUUGACGGUGUCGCCCUCGUUGUAGGGUCCGGUAGUGGCAUCGGCAGGGAAGCCGCUUUCUCUCUUGCUGAGGCUGGCGCAAAGGUUAUCGUAUUUGCAGACAAGAAUGAGGACACAGCGAAAGCCUCAUCCGAAGAAAGCAAAAAGUACGCGAGUAACAAAGACUACCAGACCACAACCUUCACCAUGAACGUUCAGGAUGCCCAGGCAGUCCAGGAUAUGGUCGAUUUUGUUGUCAAAGAAUUUGGUCGUCUCGACUACGCCGUCAAUGCGGCUGGUGUUGACAACGGCGUCAACGCCCCCGUAGCCGAGAUUGAUGUUGACAAUUUUGAUCGCAUCAUGAACAUUAACGUACGCGGCAAUUUACUCUGUGUGCGUGCCCAGAUUGCGGCGAUGCGCAAGCAGGAACCGAAGACUUGGAGCAGCAGGAAUGGCACGCGUGACAUUGGGCGCGGCGCCAUCGUCAACCUUGCAUCGGCUAAUUCCUUUGUUGGUCUCCCGGGGAAAGGCUGCUACACUAUUUCAAAACAUGCAUUCAUGGGAAUCACCAAGAUGUCAGGCCUUGACUACGCUCCUGAGGGGAUUCGUGUUAAUGCUGUCUGCCCAGCUUGGGUACGCACACCACUGUUGGAUAUAGAGAUACAAAAGAAUCCCGAGGUACAGGGCAUUAUCUCGGCUGUUGUCCCUAUCAAACGUGCAGCUGAGUGCGAGGAAGUGUCAGAUACCAUUGCAUUUUUGUGUAGCCCAGCAGCCAGCUACAUCAAUGGCGCUAGCCUGCUUAUUGAUGCUGCUAUAACUACGACUGUACGGCUAUUUUAA